GUGGAUCAUGCGCGAACUUAGUAUAACUCCUGGUGUUCCUCUUUAUUUUAUAUUAAUUUAAUUGAUGUGUUUAUUCUUUGUUUUUUUAUUGUGUUAUAAUGUAUUAAAGUUAACUGUUUAAUCCAUCGAUCAAAGAAAAUGGCCUUAUUAGCAAGUGCAGCUAAUGUAAUUAAGAUAUCUUUUCUACAGCAACCUUCAUUGCGUCGUUGUAUACAUGUCAGCGCAGUUGUUAAUAAAGUACAAUCUGCUCGAUAUAAACCAACACUAAAAAGAACUUUACGUUUAACAUAUGAAAUGGCUAAUCCACCUCAUUACAUUGCGCAUAGAAAAUCAUGGAACUCUUGGAAUACGUCAAAUAUAAAAGAUGGAAACAGACCGGCUGAAACAGCAUUGGAAGAUGUCUUUAUUAGACGGUUCAUGACAGGAACGUGGCACAAUUUAUUUGUAUGCGAAGUAAUUAUUAAAAGGCAACAUAAUAUAAUUAGAAUUGCCGGUAUUGUUGAUCGUCUUAUACAUCCAGGUAAAAUGUACUUUUUAACUGGUUAUACGGAAGAAUUUUUAAGUCGUUAUUUACAAUGCAUUGUAAAAUUAGAGAUAGUAACUGGAUAUAAACGAGAUACUACAUUUAAAUAUAUUUAAGAAAUUAAGUAGAAUAGCGAUUAAUUGAAAAAUAAGCGUUUGUAACGAUGUGGAAUAAAAAUGUAUAUAUACUAAAAGUA